CACAAUACGACUCGCGUGUGUCUGAUAUACGACACACAAAAAAGGACACACGAAUCGGCAGAAGAGCUGUGCAGGUCAUGUGGCUCUCAUCUUUACACGUUAAGGACUUACGACAAGUUCAAGAUGUUGCAAAACUUGAUCACAUUUCACGCCUGGGUGGGGCUGGACGACAUAGAGUCGGAGGGGAGGUAUGUGUGGGUGGACAACAAGGAGGUCAUCAGCGACACCUGGUUGAGAACCAUCUACAAGCCCAGCCAGCCAGAUAACGGUGAUGGUAUCGAAGACUGCACCAUCAUGAUUAGAAAUUUAAAACUGUUGAAUGAUUAUCAGUGUAAUGCGACAGCACACACUGUUUGUGAGACCAUCAUGUGA